UAUUUUUGUCUUUCUGUGUGCACUUAAAUUAAUUAAUUAAUUAAUUAAUUGAAUAACUUCUGGCUUAGUUUACAGAUAAUAUUAUAAAGCAGGCCUAUAUUUAUUAUAUUAGAUGAUUUCACUUUUUUGUAUGACAACAGAACACAUCCCUUUGUAUUUUAGACUUCAAAGACUUCAAAGUGGGCUCUUGUAGUUCUUCACAUCACCAAUCCUGCGCCCUGUCCUCCUCGACGCAUAAAUUAUUUCUACAUCCUCCAGAUAUUAAUGCGCUUUUUCGCGGCCUCUGCUGUUUUAAUACAUUUUUCUAGUUUCUAACAAAUAUUUCAGUCUGUCUUGGGCGUGUGAUGCGGGAUGAAUUGAACGAUGGCGCGAAAGCACCGAGUCGUCCAGGUGCACACACACCUCCAACAAAAAAAUGCGCAGUUCAUGAUGCGCGCUCCUGCGGCGCGCUUCUACAAAUCAGAAUCAUCACUUAGGUGCACAGAACGGAUAGGUGAACACAUCUCAACGCAAGUGUACGUUCAGGCUGCCGUGAGCUGUCGUGUCCGGUGACCCGCUGGAGCGCAGCGCGCCGGGGGCGAUGGGAUCUGACCGGCAUACUGAUACGCUUCGCAAGCAGCAUCCCCGCGACCUCGGCGACCGCAGCAUCAGCACCGGGGAGCCGAUGCAGGAGAACCUCUCCACCUGUCACUUUGGUUGCUAAAUCCUUUUGCGUUUCAUUAUUUUGAUGUUGGUUACACAGCCGCGCAUGCGUUGCUGUGUAGUGGAAAUUGCGGGACCGCUUCUUCAGACUAAGUUUACCGAUUCUGUUGCCGUUUAUCUCACUCGAUGAUGAGAGGGAUGCUGAGCGCUUGGACUCACUGGCGCGCUGGGAUCUUGUGUCUCCACAUGUUUGUGGUUUUAACGUUUGGCCGAAGCCCGCCGGCGAACAGUGUAAACGAGCCCAGCAACAUGUCAUACGUCAAAGUCACCGUGGAUAAACUACUCAAAGGCUACGACAUUCGUCUGAGGCCUGAUUUCGGAGGUCCUCCGGUUGAUGUCGGUAUGAGUAUUGAUAUCUCCAGUAUCGACAUGGUGUCGGAAGUGAACAUGGACUACACCAUCACCAUGUAUUUCCAGCAGUCCUGGCGUGACAAACGUCUGUCCUACACAGGGAUCCCUCUCAAUCUCACUUUAGAUAACCGAGUGGCUGACCAACUUUGGGUGCCUGAUACGUACUUCAUAAAUGACAAAAAAUCUUUCGUUCAUGGGGUCACGGUAAAGAAUCGUAUGAUCCGCUUGCACCCUGAUGGAACUGUGCUGUAUGGUCUCAGGAUAACUACCACAGCUGCGUGUAUGAUGGAUCUGCGCAGAUACCCACUGGAUGAGCAGAACUGUACACUAGAGAUUGAAAGUUAUGGAUACACCACAGAUGACAUUGAGUUUUACUGGCAGGGUGGGAGUUCAGUGACUGGCGUGGAUAACAUUGAGCUGCCACAGUUCUCUAUCAUUGACUAUAAUAUACUCUCUAAAAAAGCUGUGUUUGCCACAGGGUCGUACCCUCGUCUGUCCCUUAGUUUUAAACUAAAGAGAAACAUUGGAUAUUUCAUCCUUCAGACCUACAUGCCUUCGACCCUCAUCACCAUCCUGUCCUGGGUCUCCUUCUGGAUCAACUACGAUGCUUCAGCAGCAAGAGUUGCGCUAGGAAUCACCACUGUUCUGACAAUGACCACAAUCAACACUCAUCUUAGGGAGACAUUACCCAAGAUCCCUUAUGUGAAAGCCAUAGACAUCUAUCUGAUGGGCUGCUUUGUCUUCGUGUUCCUGGCUUUGCUUGAAUAUGCCUUUGUGAACUACAUCUUCUUCGGCCGCGGGCCACACUUACAGAAGAAAGUGUCGGAAAAAGCUGCCAAAAGCAACAAUGAGAAAAGUCGAAUGGACAGUAACAAAGUUCAGGUUGAUGUCCAUGGAAACAUCCCCCUCACAAACCUUGAUCUGCGUCUUAGCGGGGCUGAGAUGCUAGGUGCCCUCGGGGACCCACGGAACACCAUGUUCUCUUACGACAGCGCCAGCAUCCAAUACCGCAGGCCCCUUACAGGUCGUGACCUCUACGGCCGCCCCCCCGCCUCUCUCGAGAGGCCAAUGCCACGCAAAAAGAGUCGUCUGAGGAGACGGGCCGCUCAGCUGAAGGUGAAGAUCCCAGACUUGACAGAUGUAAAUGCCAUCGACAAAUGGUCCCGUGUCAUCUUUCCCAUCACCUUCACCUUCUUUAAUACUGUAUACUGGCUGUAUUAUGUCCAGUAGGGGGCGGCAUUAACUCAGCUAUCCACACAUCAGGUCAGACUCUCUUACCCUCCUUUUGGUCAUGACUUGAUGUCAGGCAGGAGGAAGGAGUGCAUUUUAUAAAUUGCACUUCCAUAUAUAUUGUUUACUAAUAGAUAUUAAAUUGAAACAAUAUAUCAUUUAAAUCUAAAUUAUUAUGAAUAUCCAAUGUUUAAUGUAAGUGGUAAAAUAUAUAAUAAUUAGAUUUUUGCACAAGGCUUGUGUGGAAUCAGCUUCAUAUGUGAGACUCAACUGCAAAGACUGAAUUGGAAACCACAAACUCACAAUUAAAGGAAAAUACUUUACCCUGCAAACAUCCUGCAUGGCAGCACUGCACUUCUAUGUCAGACCUGUAAAACAGCAUUUGGAGGUCAUUCUUACAAUUCAGAUUGUUUAUGUAAAUGCCUCAAAGCAACAUUCUGGGUUCAAUGCAAGUAAAAGAACAAUUUGGCUAAAAAAGAUGCCCGGAACAAUGAUGCUGAUCUGUAAAGCACUGUUUACUACAACAAUAUCCACCCACAGGAGUUCAUAAAAACGUUCAUGCACCUAGACACAGCUUUACAGCUCAAUAAUAAACAGGAUUUGUGUAAACAGAAGUGCUUUACAAAAACAAAAGAUUUUUUGUGUACAUUUUUGUCUUUAAACCUAGGGUUGGGAAUCGUUUCAAUUUUAUCGAUUCCGAUUCCAAUUCUGAUUCUGCUUAUCGAUUUCGAUUCUUAUCGAUUCCCAGUUUCGAUUCCACAGUUGAAAAUAAAAAUUUAGAUAUCAACCUGUAUGGUCAUUUAACCUGCUUAUUGACUUGUUUGCAAUAUAUAUAUAUAUAUAUUUAUGAGCACCGUU